AUGGCUCAUCCCGAGGAUGGGAAAGAUGAUGCAAAAGAGUGGGAACUUCCAAUGAAAGCUGCCGACAACACGAAGAAAGACGACAGGUCGCCUUCAAGCAAAACACCUAUUGGAACUAUUACGUCGCGGAAACGAAAGAGUUGCGAUCCUGAGGCAGAAAUGGCUUUAGGCUUGUCUCAAUCAAAACGUCACUGCCUGGAUCGACUCCGCAGUGUUGUUGAGAAGCGAGCCAGAAAAAGUGCAGCUAACUUUUCAACACUUGUCACUUUCGUGUUUGCCCAAGGAGAAAUAAACAGAACCGUGACCUGGGCUCGCGGCCUAAGCAAAGACCACAAAGACGAUAUCUGUUCUGCCCGGAACCCUUAUUUCUUCCGUGAUCCUUGUAUGGGCGAUAGUAUCGGCGUUACAGGGAACGGCGCAUUUGACGAUAGUACGGCUACACUCGGUCCUUGUAUAACUGUUGGUGGUGGGAGUUACUGGCUGGGUAACUUCCAUCCUUUCUUGGAGGCAUACCAACAACUUGCGCAAGAAGUGCAGGUCGAGCAUCCUUCCUCUCAAGAUCGCAAGCGGUGUGUGGAGGAGGGGCACGAUGCCAUGGCGCAAGAGACAAGUUUCAGGCUCGGCAGACUUGAGGUGACAUCAGGACUCAACCUCAAGACAACAAGAAUCUCACACGAUCCCUAUUGGGGCGAUUGUGAUAUGGACAAGCCCCUUGUUGUAACAGACUGGGCUCUUAUAGGUUCUCGCACUUCACAGGCAAACAUUCUCCGGCGGUUCCCUUCGGAGACUCUUCCACCGACCCAAGACCCUAUCGUGACUACCACAACUGCUAUCACGCCAGGCGCUGACGUUCUGUCCAGUGGUCGAACAUCUGGAUACCAACGAGGGCAAAUCUGCGAGGUCCCUGCGUAUGUUUCGGGGGAUGAGAAUCAAACCCUUAAAGCUACUAGAGAAUGGUUUAUCGAGGAGCCGUGGCCGCAGGAUGAUGAGGAUGCCUGGAUUCGCGGCGGCAUUGGUGUCAACGGCGAUAGUGGCGCAGGUGUCGUGGACGCCAAUACUCACAGCCUCAUCGGACAAAUAUGGGGUCGCAAUAACUAUUGGGGACCUGGACAGCGUGUCACCUACUUCACUCCCAUCGCAGACAUCUUCGACGACAUUCAGGAAAAAUGCGGGCAGGAGUCACGUCCUAGGCUUCCGCAGCAUCGGGAUGAAGCAAAUUGUUUUCCUUUACAUCCAUCGUGCCGUCAAUGCUUUGAUCUACGAGCAUACCUCAAUAGCAGUAGAAGAAGUUCACGAAUGUCGCUUCAAAGUAUGAUAAUGGGCAUAGGUGACGGCGACCAGGAUCUCACCUCGAUCGAGGCAGUUUCAGAGCUAGCUACACCAAGGGAUUAUCAUCGCUAUCCGGGAAUAGAAGAGGCAGGUGCUUCUUUCAACGACAUCGUCUCGCCAGCAGGGCCGAGUGGUUAUCCCGGCACUCCUAUGAUCGCUGACAUGAGGAGCCCCUAUGCCACAGAAUUGGAUCUCGAGGAUUUGUGGGGGCCAAAGGCUGGGAGCUCUACUCGAACUCGAAAGAGAACAUCCAGUUUUGCCGUAGACACGGGGCCAGAAAGGUGGAAGAGGCUGAGAGCGGAUGGCUGA